ACACAAUGGAUUUAGUGCUACUGCAGCUCCGACGGUCACAUCAACCGACCAUACAGGACAUCCCGCAGGCUCCGUGGCAGCUACAGCCACACCAACAAUCACUACCCAGCCAGCGAGGCCGAAUUUCCAAGCUGAUAGAAUCUCUGGGCCAUCUGUUGUCCCUAUCCCUGGCCAGGAGCCUCGGAAAGUCCUAAAGCCACGAAAGCCGAGGGCGAAGAAGUCACAGCCUACCCCUUCGAUCGCGGAAGAAAUGGAUCCAGGCCUUGCCCAAGGAGUAAUCCAGCCUACCCUGGCACCAGCAGCAGAACCAGCUGCGCAGACGCUUCACCGAGACCAGUCUUUUAUCAACAUCGACCCCUCACUCGACAAUUGGGUCUUACAACAAGGGCUGGCUCCGCACGAAUCGAAUUUUCCGGCUGUCCCACCUGGUACUCAGCCUGCGAACUUCGAUCCAGCUAUAGGUCUACAGCCACCAACUCCUCCGGCGACCCCAAAUGUUUUCGCUUCAGCUGCUGAUGCUUUUAAUGAAAUCCAAGCUGGAUGGGCUAGUCCUCCCGCUGAUGCUGACGUAGAGUGGCGCCUCAAGACCCGCACAGAGCUUGCCGCCAACUCUCAGGAUAUCAAUUAUUCUGCUGAGCCUUCCGCAGAGGCCGAUCUGGAUGCGUUGUUGGACCAUCUUCUCUACCCCACUCCUGCGGUUCCUAGCUCAGAUUCCAUGGGCAGAGAUCUGAGUGACUAUUCAUGCUCGGGUCAUAAUGAUAUGGAGGAAGAGCUAUAGAUGGCACGCUCAUUGACAGCUCUAUUACGAGUUUGUGGUAACCCAGGAAUGGGUUUUCUGAAAGGCUUGGCCAAUCGAUGUGAGAAACACUGUGUUUAGAUGUACGAUAGUGUGUUUCAACUAGCUGCAGAUGCUACAUGUCGGCUUGGAAUAGUGAAGUAGAUGGCGAGACUGGUGCAUGUGCAUUCGGGUGCAGAUUGCAUAUAAAUGAGACUGUAAGCAGUCACGGGGAUGCUCUUAAACUUUGUGUUAUUCUUCUAUUCGAAUGUUAUUAUCAUACAGCCGAAUAGACUUAGAUCGAGAAAGACCUUCAAUAGAAACU